GAAUUUGGAUUCGAUACCAUUGGUGAUGACAACCAAAUUCUUUUUCAACCUCAACAAUUUACUAGUAAUAUUAAUACAGAAUGUCUUUUUCAUGGGAUGUCAUCUGAUUUUUGUAUAUCUGCAUCAAUAUCUAACCCUCUUAUUCUAGAUUUUUAUUAUGUUUUAAGUAAUAUGGAAGAAGAGCUUGGUAUUUCAUAA